AAGUAGACAGAAAACAUGACUCCAGGGCUCCCAGAUCAUGGGAUGAGCCAGACGGAGCAUUAUAAAGGGACCCAGUCUUUGCUCAAAUGCACAGCACACUCAUCCUUCUCCUCAGUGAUUCCUCAUCAGCUCCGGUCCCGGUUUGCUUCCUUGAAAACCAAGAUGAGCCAAAAUCAAGUUGAGAAGUCCGUGAUGGACUUGAUCUCCCUGUUCCACAAAUACACCAAACCUGAUGACAAGAUUGACAAGCGGGGCCUGCUGAAGAUGCUGACGGAGAAUUUCCCUGUAUUCCUCAAGGCCUGUGACAAAAAGGGCAACGAUUUCUUGGAUCAUAUCUUUGAGGACAAGGACAAGAAUAAGGAUAAGAAAAUCGAGUUUUCUGAGUUCCUGUCGGUGUUGGGGGAAAUUGCCACGGACUACCACAAUCAUAGCCACGGAGCCCCGCCCUGUUCUGGGGGAGGAAAGUGAGCCCAGCCCAGCCUGAGGUCUCCAGAAACCCCAAGAAACAAUAAAGUGUCUUUUGCCCAGAUA